AUGCUACAUAGCAGUAGCACUUUGCCAAAACACAGAAAUCAUUUCAGUGGAAUCUUGCUCCUAACUGUAGCAGCAGGAAUCUUUCAGUUAAAUCUUGUACUAAGCAGUAGCACUGCAUUUGCAUCUGUAGCUGCGCAUGCCACUGAUACUGCAACUCUGCAUGCUACUUUUACUGCAACUGCAACUGCAAACGCAACUGAAACUUUAACUGCAACUAAACCUGUUACUGCAAAUGCAACUAAAACUGCAACUGCUACAUUAAAUACAACUGCAAUUGCAACUGCUCAUUUAACUAAAGCUGCAACUGCAAGAGCACAUAAAACUGCAACUGCAAAUACAACUGCAAUUGCUAGUGCACCUGCACAUGCAACUACAAGAUUAUUUGCAACUGCAACAACACAUGCUAUUGCAACUGCCAAUGCAAAUUCUACUGCAACUGUAACUGCUUAUGAAUCUAAUAGUGCACAUGCACGUGCCAAUAUAACUGCAACUGCUACUGCAAACGCAGCUGAAACUGCAAAUGCAACUAAACAAGCCACUGCACAUGCAACUUUAUCUACACAUAAAAACGUAACUAAAACUACAACUGCACAUGCAACUACACAUUCAACUAAAAUUGCAACUAGACAUGAAACUGCAAUUACAACUGCAAUUGCAACUACAACUGCACCUGCAUAUGCAACUGUAAUUGCCACUGCCACUGCAACUUUAUCAGCUUUUUUAACUAGAACUGCAACUGUUACUGCAACUUUUAAUGCAAACGCACAUGCUACUGCAAUUGCAACUGCAAAUGCUACUAAAACCGUAACUGCCACUGCUACUAAACCUGCAACUUUAACUGCUAAUGCAACUGCAACUGCAGCAGCAAAUGCAUUUGCACGUGCAAGUUUUACUAAAACUGCAACUGCUACUGCUUUUACAUCGGCACUUUAA